AUCUUAGAAGUGGUCCAUUUUGACUGGUCCAAAUUCGUUAAUUGCCUAAAGUAGAAUAGCCCCAUUCCGUUGGCGGGGCACAAAAUACCUGGUACCCCAUACUUACUCUUUUCUUGUUGCCUGAAUAUUCACCCCUCCUCGAUCUUGGGACUUCGGAAAGACGUAUGCACGAUGCCAUGAAUAGAGUGAUUGAAAACCUCGACACUUUCUCUAUACCUUUCCAUCUUCUCUACCAUCUCUCCCUCCUCUCCCAUCUCUCCCACCGCGCAAACCAAUCUGAAGCGCCCCUCCCGGACUGGCAAGCACAAACAGUCAGCCUCAGCCUCAGCCUCGAAACAUACGGCAACGCCUCCGGUCCCCCCCAAAACGCCUUUUCACCAUGGCGACACAAACGGAUUUUGCCCGCCCCUCGACCUUUCUCUCACCAGCUCAGACCCACGCCAUGCAAGACCGUCCCUUGAGCGCCGUCGAUAGGGAGGAACAGAGUGGGUUGGUGAGUAGUCCCUUAUCUGUCAUGACUUGACAGCCAGUCCGGCUACCAGUGUGGCGGCACCUUUAUGGGUAGAGACGACUAACUAACGUUUGAGCGUGGCAGAGAGCGAUCCGAGACUUCUUGAAAAUCCGAACCAGCUACGAUGUGCUUCCACUCUCCUUCAGACUCAUCAUCCUUAGCACCGAUCUACACGUCAAGAGCAGCUUGGUAAUCCUUCUGCAAAAUGGUAGAUACCUUCCCCUCCAUCCACUCGGCCAUGCAGUGCUUACUGAGUAUCACAGGAAUCGUUUCGGCCCCUCUUUGGGACUCGCAUACCUCCACCUUCGCCGGUCUCCUCACAACUUCCGAUUAUAUAAAUGUGGUACAAUACUACUGGCAAAAUCCCGACGCUCUCAACCAGAUCGACCAGUUUCGCUUGAGCGCUUUGAGAGGUAGGGCAUGAUGACAAGACAUGAUUGGAAUUAGGCUAAAUCUCCUAGAAAUUGAGAAAGCGAUUGGUGUACUCCCAUUGGAAACAUUAUCCGUUCAUCCCGAUCGACCACUUUACGAAGCAUGUACGCAAAUGCUAAAGACACGCGCCCGAAGGAUCCCUUUGGUUAAUAUCGACGAUGAAACCGGUCGGGAGAUGGUGGUCAGUGUCAUCACGCAAUACCGAAUCUUGAAGUUCAUAGCUGUCAAUGUCCCAGAAACUGAUAAAUUGAAGAAAACUGUUUCGGAAAUAGGUCUUGGCAGCUAUCGUGAUUUGCAAACGGCAAACAUAGACACCAGGGUGAUUGACGUUAUUCAUAUGAUGGUCAAAUACUCCAUCUCGAGUGUGCCUAUCGUUGAUAAAGAAAACCAUGUUUUGAAUGUCUUUGAGGCUGUCGAUGUGAUUGCCAUCAUCAAGGGUGGAGCCUACGACGAACUCACCACAAGUGUUGGAGAUGCGUUAUCAAAACGAGCCGAGGACUUUGCAGGAAUCUAUACCUGCAGUGAGGAGGACCGCCUGGAUUCAAUAUUCGAUACCAUACGAAAGUCUAGGGUACAUCGAUUGGUCGUUAUCGAUGAAGAAAAUUGUUUGAAAGGAAUCAUCUCUCUUUCGGAUAUUUUGAAAUAUGUUCUUUUGCACGGAGCCGAUGAUGAGUAGUGGGAUCUGCUUUGGAUUUUUAUGGAACCAAGGUUUACGAAUUAGGGAGGUUAAGGCGUUGCAUAGCGAAAAGGGCGAAUAUAGGCGUACACGUUAGGGUUUGGGACCACUUGCGAAUUUGCGCAUACAUGACGCAAAUACUCAUAGAUUGUUUUUUGUCUUCCAUCAUUCUCCCUCAAUACCAUUUUGUUUUUUCUUGUUUCCCUUCUCUUCUCUUUAUUUUGUGGUCGGUUCGCCUGGGGUGUUUUUUGGGGGGGUAGUGGAUCUUGAUGUGUACUUCACGGCUAGGAUGGGAUGUGGCAGUUGUGCAAGUAGAUAUUAAUGAGAUUUUACCUACCUAUCAUGCUCCCGAUUUGGAAGUUUUCAUUACUAUUGUUUUGCUGGACUGAGGAUUGUGAUGAUGGUCUUGUAGUAUUGAACGAGUGAAAAAUGGAUUUCUAUUCUUGCUAAUCUACAUGAUCACCCUGGUCUAAUAUGCGUAUUCCUCGUCUACGCUGGCACAUUGUAUCAGCCCUAGGAGGGGAAAAAAACACGGGAAAUCGUGG